AUGCAAAUUCUUUUGGUUGACAUGGUGAUUGUACCAGCAACAACUGGGCAGAUGGGUGUUCUGCCAGGACAUGUGGCAACAAUUGCUGAGUUGAAACCUGGUGUGCUCUCCGUACAUGAAGGGAACGAUGUGACAAAGUAUUUUGUGAGCAGUGGGUUCGCAUUCAUCCAUGGAAACUCAGUGGCUGAUAUAGUAGCUGUUGAGGCUGUGCCAGUAGAUCGAAUUGAUGUCAAUCUUGUCCAGAAGGGCCUUCAAGAUUUCACUCAGAAGCUCAACUCAGCCUCCACUGAUUUGGAGAAAGCUGAAGCUCAGAUUGGUGUUGACGUCCAUAGCGCUCUCAACUCUGCUCUUACAGGCUGA